UUGAUUAGUCGACAUAGAGUUCAAGUUCUGAUAAAUAACGUCAGGGAGUCUCAGAAAUCCUGGAAAUGAGAGAAUUUCGAGUGUUACGAUGGCCGAUUUUCAAACUGUGUUAAACGACUUGGUUCUUCUAGUUCGACAAAACACUACGUAUUCAACAGUAUUCGGUGUACUUUUGACGUUCAGCAUUAUUUUCUUCAGAUACCUACCAGUAUUUCUGAUCAUCUGGUCAUGUCUAGCCGGGAUGGCCACGUUCCAUGUCCUCUUUCAGAGAGUGACCACGUUGCCCAAUCUCUUUGGAAUGUUUGAGAGAGAGAAGCUGCCUGGCGUCCGGAAGUCCACCCUGAGAGAGGCGUACCAUGGACGAUGUCAAGUCUGUGGCAACGAUAACUGUAACAGACACAGAGGGGAGCUGUACCAUACCAAUUACCAACCAUGGAUAGAUCUGAGCAUUCCAAAGAGAGUAGACGAUGCCUUGUCAGAGUUCUUUGAGUUGGUUUUCAAAGAUUAUGUAUACUCUUGGUACAGUGAGUCCGUCAGCAAAGAUGAGGAGUUUGUGAGGGAGCUUAGGACAUCUCUUAGAUACGCCAUAUCGGUAAUACUCCGAAGACUAAAACAGAUUGACCUCCCUACACUUAUCCUCCACAAACUGGUCAAAGCGGAAUUAAGCCAUCUUGAUGUUUACCUUAGAGCAAAGAAAAAAGCCCGAUGGGGAGAAGACAUUCAGGAUUUGACGAUUAAGAUGUAUGGUGAUCAUCUUCAUGUUGCCAUUAGGAACAGGCAUACUGAGCUGGAGUACGUGAGGAACCUUUGUGAACUUCUCUUUCCAUUCAUCGUCUCGAAUGAGCACCAACAGAGCAAAUGUACAAUAUCGUUCCUGAGGGAGCUACUAUCCAGGUCUCUCAUCAUGCCUGCUAUGGACGUUAUUGCAAACCCAGAUGUUGUCAACAAGAUGCUUGAAGUCUUUUUCGAUGAAGAACCCAUGGCAAAAUCUACAGACCCACCGACAGAACCUGUUAACAUCUUGAAAGCGUUUUGCGAGGCCAAACCAUGCCAUAUUUCUAAUGCCCUUCAUUAUGAAACAUCAGAGAUUCUCAGCAACAGUACUCUGCUCUUCCCGUUCCUUCAGUUCAUGCGGAGAGAGGGCGCUCUAAACCUUCUCCAGUUCUGCUUGACAGUCGAGGAUUUUAACAGACGAAGCCUGGUCCCUGACAUGACAGACCAACAGAAACGAGACCUUCAUCUGGAAGCGAAGGAGCUCUACAAUCUGUACUUUGCUUCCGACGCUGUGGAUAGGAUCAAUUUUCAGGAGGAUGUCACCUCAGCAUUCCAAGACAUUGUUACAGGACCUCCUGAAGGAAUUAUUAAGAUGAGGAAGACAUUGACCCUCUUUGAAGCUUAUGAAUAUGUGUUCAGUCUGCUAGAGAGUACAUACUGCCCCCUGUUUCAUCAUUCAGAAGAGUAUUACACCUUGUUAUGUGGAAAGAGAAGACUUGCAUUGGCAAGGGGAUCAAGCAAUUGUUCUACACCCGAACCUGUACCCUCCCCUAUAAACUCCACUCCCCCACCCCUCUCGGUCCUCCAACGAGUGGCAAGCAAGAGGCCGAGUGAUACAUUUGCUGCCAUGAGCAAGCUGGGAAGUAAAAUCAAAGGUGUCUUCAAAGGACAGUCGGAUGGAGACAGCCUGUUCAAUCUUGAUCUCUAUGAAGAAUCGAGUCAACCAUCGUCUGAUGUAGACCUAGCCUCUGACGACGAGGACACACACCAUCCUGGCGUAUCAUCACCCCAGCAUGACCUGAGCGCUUGGAGGGUUAGUAUACCGAGCGUCGAGAUGAAGUUAGAAGGAGGAAAGGAAGGAUUUGUUUUCAUCAUCGGCAUUCAGAGGAUUGAUGUCAGAGAAGGAGAUGUAGAAAAGAACUCAUGGCAGGUUGAAAGGAGAUACCAUGAGUUCUAUGCACUGGAACAGAAGUUGAGAGAAUUUCAUGGUGUGUUUGAAGAUGCUCAGCUGCCUGUUAGACGGCCGUUUGGAAGCAAGUCACAUGACUUCAUGGAGAAAAAGAGGCCUGGCUUAGAGAAAUAUCUCAGGGUUCUUCUCACCAAGCCCAUCCUAAGGGGAAGCCAGCUCCUCUAUACAUUCCUGACAACCAAUGAAGAGUUUGUUAAUAAGAUCUUUGGAGAUGUCAAUCUAGGAAAAUUUGUGCGUUCAGUCUCAACCAAGGUCAUCAAGGAGAGAGGACAGCAUCUUGAGCCUUUCCUGGUAACUUUCUUAGCCUCAGUGGAAGCUGCCAAACCUAAAGCAAGGACGGAUGAAUUUGAAACAGAUCCAAACCUAACGGAUAAAGAAAUGCUUUCCAAUGUCCAUUUUGAGAACAAUGCUAAUCAGGUGUUAGACCGGUGUAAUCUUAAGGAACCUUGGGCCAAUCCAGAGGCCAACUACCUACAACUCACUGGAAUCAUUCAAUAUAUCUUGUACUUGGCUCGUUCUGUUCUAGAUGUGCCUGUCUGGAUGCAUCAGAUGACCGUCACUUUUGCCAAGAUAUUUGGAAACUCAUUGGAAACUUAUGUAGAUUAUUUCGUCAACACCAAGACAGAUUUGUUGAAGACGGAGCAGAUGGUGGAACAUAUCAUUCAUCUCCUCAGAGAUGUACUUUUCUUUGAUGACGAUCCACCCAGGACGGAUGCACAGAAGCUUGAAAGGAAAGAGUUUGCUUUUGAACAGAUGCUGAAAUUCUUCCCAAGUAUUGUACCCAAGGUGCUUGGAGAAGAAAAGUUCUAUGAUGGAUGUAAGACCGUCUUUGAUUCUCUCCAGUAUCCCAAGCUAAAUAAACAGCUAUCGUAUAUUCUCUUGGACAUUGUCAUCAAAGAAAUCUUCCCGGAAUUAUCAGAUGAUGAUGACACAGAUGAGGAAGCACCACAGUACCAGGAGGAUCACUAUGAGAAAGACUAAAUUAAAUUAUACCAUAGGAGGGUGUUGCAAGGAAAUAUUUGCAAUCGAUUGCAGAUAUUCUGUUGCAAUUUUACAACUGAUAAAGCAAUGUUAACAGUAGCAAAUGAGAUUACACUCCAUGUUUCAAGGAGCAGAUUAGCAAUCAAUCAUGAAUUUGCAGUUAAUUGCAAGACUUAUGAUUGAUUUUAUUAGAGACCAAAAAUAGACUUGCAAUUGAUUGCAAGUUUCUUGCAACACCCCAUUAGUCUGACAAAUUUCAUCCCUGUAUUUUAAAGGGGAAGUUCACCCUGACAAAAGAAUUUAUUGUAAAAAUUGAAAAAAAAACGUACUGGUGAAAGUCUUAGGAAAGUCUAUCAAAGAAUAAAUAUUUAUAAUUUAUAUUUUUAGAUUUGUAACGUCGUAUGCGAGCAGGUUUCAUACAUAUUGUAUGGUAAAAACAUCAAUGAGACAUUAUUUUGUUGUAUCUUCUCUAAAUCAAUAUUCAAAUCAUUUCCACCCCCGCUCAUGAAAUGAUUUUAAAAAAUGAGUCAUCGUAAAGCAUUAGAGAUUUAAAAUUUAUGAUUUUAUAUUACAUAGCAUGGUUGCAAAUGACAUCACAAAUCAAAAACUUUAAAUUCUAAUAACUUUUUUAAUCUUUGGAACUUCCUCAACUCUUCACCCAUAUUUUGUAUUAUUUUUUCUGCCUUUUUGUAGCAAACUUUUUUUGUCAGCGUGAACUUCCCCUUUUAGUGAC